UUUUAAGUUAUGGGUGAGGUUUCGAAGAGGUCUCAUGUUAUUCUCAUCCAUGAAAUUGUAAAAUAUCAUAUUUCUAGACUGAUUCCUGAAUCAAACCACUUUUUAUCUGACAAUUACGAUUCUUCAUCUCAAGAUACACAUUCUUCUAUAAACGAAUCUCUAGAGGAGCAUGGAUAUCAUUUAGGCUCAAAAAUAGUUUCAAGGCUCACUCUCACCAUGGGUCCCAUUCACGACCCUAAUAAAUGCAUGGUUUUUAUAUGUCGUCAACUCUGGACUUACUUAUUCGGCAAGCAGGCUAAAAGGCUCCAGUCCAAUAGCCAGGGUGUUUAUGUUGUAUUUUCCGAGGACCUUUACUGGAUGGAUAAUUUGGAGUUCAACUAUUCUAAUCAUAACAAGCCAACUGAAAAGCCUUCAAUUCAGAGUUACAAACAGUAUUACUUGUCCUUUAUUUCAGGUGUUCUAAAAGGUUCUCUGAAAUCACUUGGGUUCCCCUGUUCAGUUUUUGGAGAGGAUGAAAAGAUAUACAAAUUUACCAUACGGCUUACUGCUUAGCAGUUGUUUUAACAGGGUUAUUCUCUGUGAAUCGCUUUUCUUAACCCUAUAAUGUAUUAUAAUUAGACUCUA